AAUCCUUCAGACCGAACCUCAUCCCUGUAGCGGAAAUCCCGCAAGGUUAGCGUAGAAUAAUUGAUCCAUUAUUAUUAUUAUGAAACCAAAGAUAGCCCAACACAACGAUGUCCAUUCCACAUCAGACAUUUGCCCGUUUAGCGUGGAAUGCCAGGUCACCGUGAUCAACACCGCUCUUCAUUUUCAUCAUAAUAACGGGGUGGAGGUUUGGGUGAUUACUCAGAGAACUCCAGAGGAGGGCGUGGAAGAUUGGCCCAGAGUUUGAAAAGGAGAGGAAGGGGUUUUCCUAUGGUUUUAUAUUUUAUUUACACAGAGUGGUUUUGUUGAAUUAUGACGGUUGCAUGAGCCGCAGGAAGGGGGGGUGGCGCAGCGUUCGCGAAGCCUUGAUUCUACAGCAAAAGUGAGGACACUAUUCCGCCCCGGUCUCCAUAAGUCCAAAUCGCUAGUAGGAGAUGAUCAUUCGGAGAAUAAAGAUGGUGGCGGGGAGCCAUUAUUUUCUCGUAGACAGAGAAAUUGGAAAGUUCGUUUGGAUGUGUGUUCAGAGAAGCGAUUUGGUCUUAUCCUUCUUGUCAAGACCAGCGGCCGGCCAGUAGUGGACGCAGCGAGGAACUCGCCUACCUCACCUGGCACAGCAGCCGCACUUUUCAGCCGGCCACGCUCCGAAUGCCUGGAUAGGAGUGGAUCCGGAGGUGGAUACCUGUACGAUGUUCCGACGUUUCCUGGAGUCCUGUCUGCUGUCGCUUGUGGCAGGCAGGUAAACAUACUCCGUAGCAUAGAUCGAUAUGUUCACACAAUAAAUAUAUUGGGUCUCGCCAACGAUGUUUGGCGCCACAUCAAUCCCUCUAAUAUAAUUUUGUUCUUAUCUUGCAUUGCAUGGCUGCACCGCGUGGCUGGCAACCAAGCGGCGGUUGAGCUGAACUUUUGAGGGCACCACCACCCACUACUAUUCAUAGGGACAAGGAGGUUUUAGACAGAAUAACGACCCAAUUUGGACUGUACUCCGCAGGCUGGAGAAAGCGACUCAUGUCUUUUCUAGUUUAGAAGUUAGAUAGGGGAGAGAGCCAGGAUAUACCGGUGUUGACGAACCGUUGACAUACCGUUGAAGAACCGGAAGGGACAGACAUCCCUCUUUAUACUUUGAAGCUUCUUUUCUUUUCUUUUUCUUUUCUUUUUCUUUUCUGUCCUCUCGAGGCCCUUUUUGAAGAACUUGAUUUGCUUGCCAAUGCUUGGGCCCAUCCAUAAGCAAGGAACCCUGAUCAUAAUUCCCAGGUAAAGCGGGUGCAGUCAGCCGACAGGUGAGGCUCUGCAUUAGAGUGCGCCCGCUAGUGACAGCGAGGUUCCCGCACCCUCGGCCGCCGCUGAGAAAACAAAAUAUACGAGCAACCACCACCGCUACCACAACGCAACGGCCACAACACUCCCACGCUCCCAACAGUUCCCCUCGAUCCCCUAGUAACUCGAUCUCCUCCCUCUCUUCUCGUUUUCCCGGACCUCUCCAUCUCCUUCGCUGUGGCUCCCCCUGAACCUCCGCUCUACCUUCGGAAUCUAUCUGCCUAUCUAUCUUCACACCCCAAGCUGUCUCCUCCCUUUCGCAGCCACCUCCGGGAUCCUAUGCAAGCCUCCUUGAAACGCUUUAUUUGGUCCUAGUAGGAGAGCAUAGUGGAAAUCGUCAUGCUAGUGAGCGAAUCGUUCAACCGCUGCAUGGCCACUUGACGCUUGGCUACCCUCCACCGUGAUCCUCUUGUCUCCUGGAACGGUAUAUUAUAUCAAACUCUCUGUAUAUUCCUCAUCUCGAUACACCACCCUCUUGACGGAGUCCUAGAUAACUGGUUAUUCGCCGUCAUCGUUCCUCACCUUGGUCUCACCAAUCCAGUUAAACAUGCUCUAAGCGCUUGAGAAAUCAACUCGAAUAGUACAGCCUCUAAGCGCCUAAAUUCGAACACGGGAAUUCGACUAGGUGAAGGAAGGCUUGUGACGGAGAAGGGCUAUCUCCGUCUGAUAUAUCCCAAGUAUAUAUAGAAAGGACGCCUAAUAUUUUCUAAUGUGUCUGGGGAAAUCACCACCAUGACGAUGAUGGACGACGUUUACGAUUCUGAUGAUGUAUGCAAUGCUUCUCCUCGCCUUCAACCUACAAAAAUCGAUUAUAGACCCCAUGUCACCCCUCCGCCUUUCUUAAAAGAGCCGGACUCACCGGGCAAGCGAAGUGCUGGGGGGCGUGAUCGUAAGGAUCCUCGUCGACGUCGCAAGAAAAUCCAACCAGCAUAUCGCGACGUGCUAAUUCUCAGCUCCUUAGCCGACCCACAACUUGCCCAUGAGCUUGGACAGAAACCUCUACCAACCGAUUCGCCGCGUGAAUCUAGUAGCCCCGAUAACUACCGUGAUGUGGACGAGGCGGGAAAUGCCCAGGAUACUUCGAUGUCAGAUGUUCAUACCUCCUGCGCGCGACAAACAGCCCAACAUGCCUUGAAUUUAAUUCUGCAGGAUGAUGACAUGCAAGGGGAGCCCCAGAAACUAGGCGCGAAAGUAGAGAGGUCGUUUGGCGAAGAGUUGCGGGCACCGUCGCGGCCGCCAUAUUUUUUAGAGCCUCAGGCCUCUCCACAACAUCUACAGAGCCCCAUGAUUUCCUCCCCGAUAGAUAAAGAUAUUGCGAACUGGUCUCGGCUUAAAAAACUACCGAUAUCGAUACCGGAAUCUCAGCCGCGUGUGUGCGUAAAAGAAGCAGUGGCUACUUCUCCUACGUUAAGAAAAUACACGAUAUCCACGUCCGAUUGCGCUGCGGGAGAAACACUCCCCGCAUUACAAUCUCGACCUGAAUCUAUCUCUGCCAAAUCUCCUGAAAACAGUCAGAAUCUCCCAUCUAUAGGAGACGCAUUGAAUGGUCAUCUCGGUUCAAUAAACGCGGUUCCGCGUAUAUUUUCACCGGGAGUAAACCCACUCCCCCCACAAGCACGAAAUAUUCAAGAACCACCACCCCGUCGCCUUUCUGAACAGUAUAUCCCGCCACCUCUCACAUCAGCAUCACCAUCGUUUCUUUCUCCGGAAAGUUCAACGGACAUGUCUGCUAGUCUAUCACCAGUGGCUUGUCCGGCCCAGCCAUCAUAUUGGCAACAAACAGCGGAUAAGGGGCGGUCUUAUUCACACUCUCCAGGGGAUCACGGCUCACAAUUCACCAGUAGUCCGAGCGCUGGCUAUCCAACACCAAUUGAGCUUGGGAAAGGUGGUGCCUAUGACUCCCCCCCCAUUCAUCCAAGCGGACACACGCCAGCUAGUGGUCCGCUUAAUUCUUCCGGUUUUAAAUGCAAUUAUCCUGAUUGCAAAGCUGAACCGUUUCAAACACAAUAUCUUCUCAAUUCACACGCAAAUGUACACUCACAAAACCGUCCAUUCUACUGUCCGGUAAAAGGCUGUCCGCGCGGCGAAGGCGGGAAAGGCUUCAAGCGCAAAAAUGAAAUGAAACGCCAUGGCCUCGUCCACGACUCGCCGGGUUAUGUAUGCCCAUUCUGCCCAGAUCAGCAACACACCUAUCCGCGCCCGGAUAAUUUACAGAGACAUGUCCGGGUACACCAUGUAGACAAAGACCGCGAAGACCCCGAACUAAGACGAGUCCUUGCUCAGCGACCGGAAGGCGGCAUGCGGGGCAGACGACGCCGCAACGGAGUUCAGUAGCAUUUCUCGAGCAAUUUUUGCUCGUGCUUUGACCAUAUGUUCAUUCUCGUUACGAUUCUUUAACCGUAUCUAUGACGACUCUUAUUACACGUGUUAUCCCCAAAAUCUUUAUUCAUUUCCCUUCAUUGCUGAUUCGACUCUUGUCAUGACGGAAAUCUCUCAGCUAUCCCACAUAUCCUUACUUUUACUCUUUUCUUUUUCUUCCAACCCAAGUUCUCUCUCAAUAAGCAUGCAUUUAUCAUUCAUUUUUUAUCCCCCACUUUUCCUCCUGGUGCAAGUAUCGUGCAUACAAAAAUUCAUUUGCUCCUUCUUUCUUUCUUCUCUUUCGUUCGUGUUAUAUAUUUUUUAUAUUCUAUUCUUCUUUUUAUGCCCUUUUUAUAUUUUACAUUCGCUGUUCAUAAUUUUAUUUUUACACAUAUGGAGGGCGAAAGAGGGGCGCAAAACGGCGUAUAUUGUUGUUAACUUCUUUUAUUUCUCUUUUUUUGUUGUUGGCAUCUUGAUCCUUUUUUUUCUCCUAUUUUUCUUGUUUUUCUUUUAUUUCCCCCUUUCGCGGCACAUAAGUUACGUCCGUUUAUAUACUUAACAUUUUAUACUGUUUAUUUUACCCUACUCUUGCGUUCCGGCCACCGACGAAACCCUUUAUCAACGCCGCGAACGACUCUUUCAAUUCUAUUUCCGCUACACAAGAAACGAUCACCCCGGACAGACCAGAGCAGAUGAUGGCUUAGUGGAACUUAAACUUGCUUUGACCUUUGAUUUUGCCAUGACUUGAUUCCCCCUCUUGCUGAUUUUUAUCAUUCUUCGUUCCUUCGUUUUGGCGCCUAGGGGCAUAUCUUGCUCUGCUUUCACGCUUUGCAUUUCUUUACAUUCCUGUCCUUGUUGCGUGUUUGACCCUUGUUAUUCGUUUAUAUAUUUGUCUUCGAUUUUUCUUUCGUUUUCUUUUUAGUUCACUUCUAUUAUUAUUAUAUAUUAUACGUACAUAUAUAUAUAUAUAUACAUAUAUUAUCUAGAUAUUGCGUUAAUACCCCCCCCCCAAGAAAAGUUUCAUGCUGUGAAUUUCCUUGCUGGGUUUUAUGUGGUUUUCAACUUUUUAUGGUAAGAGGGCUAAUGAAGAGAUGAAAAUGACGAUAAGGAUGAGGAAUGGGGAGAAAUAUAAGUAUGACUCAACUAAAUAGCUCUUCGGGCUAUUGUACGUGUAUGUUAGUUAAGGUUUAUGUUCAUUCAUGCCAUUAUCUAAAGUACCACGGAUGUCUAUAUUUCAUAUAUAAACCAGGACAUUAUCCUGCUAUCGUCAGCUGUCGGCGGUAAAAGUAACGCUUG